CAUAUACAGGGUUAUCCUUCAUUACACAUAACAGGUUAUCCUUCACAUAUACAGGGUUAUCCUUCAUUACACCUAACAGGUUAUCCUUCACAUAUACAGGGUUAUCCUUCAUUACAUAUAACAGAUUAUCCUUCACAUAUACAGGGUAAUCCUUCAAUACAUAUAACAGAUUAUCCUUCACAUAUACAGGGUUAUCCUUCAUUACACAUAACAGGUUAUCCUUCACAUAUACAGGGUUAUCCUUCAUUACACCUAACAGGUUAUCCUUCAUAUAUACAGGGUUAUCCUUCAUUACAUAUAACA